AUGCAUACCAAGGGCACGGAGCUAGCAACGGGGAAGGUUAGCAAGGCCGUCGAACCGUUGGCUACGUCUUGCCGCAGUCUGUGCGCAAGCUCGCAAGUGCCCGCAAUUGUUGCGCGCUCCCUACAGGGGGGCGCAAAUGGCGGAGGACGACCAGGAGGAAGCCGAGGGGCUGAGAUGAACUGUGGACGACAAGUGGGCUUUGGAGCAAGGGGUUUGAGAGAUCGUCCCCGAUGCUCCUUGCUUGAUGAACCGCUAGCGCAGUUCAGUCAGCGAAAGAUGAUGGUGCGGCAAGUUCCAUUUUCCAUGAGCACGCCCGUAGUCUCGGUAGUGUACAAGAAUAGGCACCGCGAUGCCAGUGACCCGAGAUGGUUCAAGAAGACUUUGCCGGCUACGAAGGCUGGGUAA